GCAAAAGUGAAAAAGUCAGGGCGCUGUGGGGCCGCGGGCGGCCUCGUCGACAGGUAGACAAGCGACGAAAAUCGUAAAGCGCUGCCGGUCCCCACCGGCACACGUCAAUCCACACCACAGCCCACCUGGGCCAGGCCGGCCGCCCCAUCGCGUGCUCGUGGCUGUGUGCGGCGACUUGCAGCCCAACACACUCGCGCGCCGGCCCCCUCCCAAGAAACCCCAACAAAUAAGAACAAGACCAAGUGAGUGUUUAUAAGUUUGGCUAAUGUCCGUUUCCGUUUCUUUUUGCUUUCAGGUCUGCGUUGCGAUGGAAGGGGAAUUUUAAGGCUGGGUUAAAUCGGCGAGAGAGUGAGAAGUGAGUCGGUUCGUGGUGCCGUCGUGGUGGCCGUCGCAUUGUCAACAUUUUCGGUAUCAACAUCGCAUCUGGGAGCGAGCCGGGGAACGGCGGCCGUCGGACAUCGUCGGCUCUACGUGGCGCGGCGAGCAACACGCCGAGUGCGAGCGAAGUGGCAAUCCACAAGUUGCAGUAGGGGAAGAGUUAGAAAGAAGAGAGCGGGACGGGGCGGCGAGCGGAAGAUAAGACGCAAGCAACAUUGCUGCGAAGGGAGCGCAGUCGACGGCGCGGCAGCACUUGGGCCGAGUCGAAGACGGUCGAGACACGGCAACAUCUUGGCGGAUGCACGGCGAGCGCGUGCAGCCGAGGAUUUGUUCUUACUGGUGUGUGUCGAGCAACAUUCGGAAGAGAUAGGGAGAGACGCGCAGCGACGGGGAGGGGGCGGUUUCUCCCACCUUUUGCGGUCCGCAGGCCAAUAAAGUGUUGGGUUUCUUAUGAUGUCAUCAGAGGAGGACACAGCAGAGUGUUUUGGGUUGUACGGAGACAAGCUACUGAACAGCAAGAAAACUAAACGCACCAGACAGCGCGUAGACGCGGGCGAACCAAGGAACAGUUAUUCGUCGAUUCCCAACUUCAGUUCGAGACCAUCCUUCAUGAGUGGUGGACUGUACGGGGCGCUUUUAAGCCAGAGCCAGCAGCAUUUCGGCGGCUUGUUCGGUCCAAACGGGUUCGGGUCGGCCAAGAUGCUCAACGAGCUAUUCGGGAGACAAGUGAAGUCGGCGCAGGACGCCUCCUCGGGGCCGGAGAGUAUGCUCUCGAUGGAGUCCGCCUCCAGCACGGACGGCGGGGCGCUAGCGGGCACGGUGGCGGUGGGCGCCAACUCGGCCAAUUCGACAGGUGGAAGCGGAAGCGGCAAGCUGGGCUUCGAGUCCGCGGCAUCCUCGAACAAUUCGUCGCCGGUGAUAAGGCGAAGGACGAGCAGCAGCGGCGUGGAGACGGACGGGGGCGGCAGCACGCCGCCACAGUCGCAGACGCAGCAGCAGCAGCAGCAGAACGAGCUCGCGCACCACAUGCUGCGCAACAUCCUGCAGGGCAAGAAGGAGCAGUUGAUGGCGCUGGACCACGAGCUGCGCUCAGCCGCGGCCGCAGCCGCACACAGCUCGCCGGAUAACAAUAAUAGCAUUAGCAAAAAUAAUAACAAUACGAAUAGCAAUAAUAACAAUAACACAAGUACUGUGAAUAGCAACAAUAACUCGGGCAACAGUGUGAAUUGCGCGCAACAAGACGUUAAGAACGAGAUGAUCGCGGGUGCGACUAAAGUGAAUAGCGUGAACGCGAGUGUGGGAGUGAAGGGCGCUGCCAAGGGCCAGCAGCAGCAGCAGCACAAGGCCAGUGACGAAGUGGGUGGUGUGAGCGCGGCUGGUUUGGCUGGCGGCGCCGGCGAAGUUACGGACGGGAAUAAUUCCGAGAACGACGGGGAUGAUUUGCACUCGGAUCGGAUGGGGGUUGUGACGACGAAGAAGGAGCGCGACGAACUUCUGGACGAGGACGACGAAAUGAUGGGGCUGAAUAACUCGCACUCAGAUUUGGAAACGCUAGGAUCCCCCGACUCGACGGGGGCGGACGAUGUGCAGAUGAAGGAGGAGCUGUUGGAGGCGGAAAUGAACCUGGACAAGGAGUUGGAUAGAUCGUCGCCGCUGAUGCAAGGCGGCGCGGGAGGCUUAGGUGGCGGCAAGGAGCCCGUUGCGCUGGACAUGAAACGGGCCCGCGUCGAAAACAUAGUCUCCACGAUGCGAUCUAGCCCCUCCCUGUCCUCGCAGCCGCAAGUGAAUGGAUGCAAGAAACGGAAAUUGUAUCAACCACAGCAGCACGACAACAGCGCGGCUGAGCGUUACGCGGCCGUGGCCGCAGGAUUAAACCUUAACCUUGGAUUGAACUUACACGGAUUGAUGAUGGACGAGGACGAGGAGGAGGAGAUCGAGUCGCCUCAGAUCCAGCAGAAGCGCGACGAGAAGAACGCCCUUAAGUCACAGUUGCGAUCGAUGCAGGAGCAGUUGGCUGAGAUGCAACAGAAAUAUGUGCAAUUGUGCUCGCGGAUGGAGCAGGAGUCGGAGUGCCAGGAAAUCGACGACACGGGAAGCGAUAUAAUCGAGCAAGAUGCUGAUCAGGACGACAACACCAACUCCCCCACAAUUGAAAAGUCACAACCGGAGCGACCGUCACCGAUGGUGUCGCCCCUCAAGGAGCUCACAACGAAAACUAACAACGCUCCCAAUAUGCUAUCGCAGAUGAUGAGCAAAAUGAUGUCAACAAAGAUGCGGAACCCACUGGGACCGCACCAUCACAUGUCGCAGUCCUUCAACGGAGCACACCCUCUGCUGCAACACAUGCACCACGGCGGACUGGGUAGCGAUCACGGUAUGCAAAAUCCCCACAUGUCUCACCAUGCAAUCAGCAAUGCUGCCGCCAUGUAUCUAGGCCAGAAAUUCUUUCUAGAGCAAGAGGCUCGCAUGGCCAAAGAAGCUGCGGAGCACCAUGAACGCCAGCAACAGCAGCACCAUCAUCACCAGCAGCAACACCUUCAACAACAGCAGCAGCACCAGCAGCAGCAGCAACAACAACAACAGCAACAGCAGCAAAUGCACCACCAGACGCAGCAGCAACAGCAGCAGCAGCACCAAGCACAACCACCACCGCCGCCGCCGCCACAGCUGCUACAAUCCCCCGCUCAAACUAGCCAACCACAGCAGCCGCCGCAACCGCCCCAACCGCAACCGCCUCCUCAGCAGCAAACGAGCGAAAGCGUUCAGCCAGGCGGACCAGUCCAUCAUCAUUCCAGCCAGUCGUCAUCCCAGCAAUCCAUGCGGCAGUCACCAAUGACCAAACUAUCAACAGUACAAUCGGAUCUAUCCGAAAAAUUUAACAUUAUUCGUUCGAGUACAAAUUCCGUGGGUCCUAUGUCCGGUUCUGAUCUCGAGGGGCUGGCCGACAUUCUGAAAUCUGAGAUAACGGCAUCGCUAUCGACGCUGGUGGACUCAAUAGUAACAAGAUUCGUGCAUCAGCGCCGAUAUCUGGGCAAACAGUCGGAAGCGGCCGCAGCAGCGGCAGAGCAGUUGAAUAAGGACUUGCUGAUGGCGUCUCAACUCCUCGACCGAAAAUCGCCCAGGAUAAAGGUGGCCGAUCGAUCGAGUGGCGGGAAUAACGUCAGCGGGAGCUGCACUGGCAGCAACAACGUCGGCCCGAACGCAACUAACAGUCAGUCAGGUAAUGGUCAAGCAGUAAAUAAUGGCAGUAGUCAAGCAAACAGUAGUGUAAGCCAUCCUUCAAACCCUAUGCUAAGCAAUCAAAACAAUGGGCAGCGACUGAACGGCAGCGCCUUCCCUCCAAUGGGAUUGCCGAUGCACGUGAACGGCCCAGGCCCAAGCGAUAGUAAUAACACUAGUAAUCUAAGCUCUCUCAGUAUUCCUCCUCAUGUCCGACCUUCGCCCUCAGCGGCAAUGUUUCAGGCACCGAAACCACCACAGUCAAUGAACGCAGUCGCCGCCGCGGCCCUCUACAACUCGAUGAACGCCCUGGGGGGACACACGAACCAGGUGAACCCUUUCUGCAUGCCUGAGCCUCGAGAUCAAAACCAGGAGCAGAACGAGGCACUCAGUUUGGUUGUGACGCCCAAGAAGAAGCGGCAUAAGGUCACGGACACACGGAUAACCCCACGAACGGUUAGUCGAAUCCUAGCCCAAGACGGCAUUGGCCCACCGCCUGCAAAUCAUAUGGAGCAGCAGCAACAGCAAAUGAGCUCGACCAGCAGCCACGCGAAAUUCAACAGCCAGCAGGUUAGCGGAGUCCCUUCGGCGAGCACGCCGGCAGACACUCCGUCACCGCGGUCAUCCUACCACCCGCCACCACCGCAAGCAAUGAUGCCUGUAUCGCUGCCCACAACUGUCGCGAUACCGAACCCAUCGUUACAUGAGUCGCAGGUCUUCUCACCAUACAGUCCGUUUUUUACGUCACACGGUCCGCACGGGCCCCACGGCCCCCAUGCUCCGCAACCUUCGCAGCUGCAUCACAUGAAGAUGUCAUCGAGUCCGCCCGGACUAUGUGGGAUGAUGGACUCCAGGGAUUCACCACCACUACCUCAUCCACAAACAAUGCUACAUCCUGCCCUCCUAGCCGCCGCCCAUCACAGCGGAUCACCAGACUAUGGACACCUGCGAGCAGCCAUGGAUACAACGGAUCGCAAUUCUGAUUGCAACUCCGGGGACAUAUCCUUUGACGGGAUUCAACCUACUAUAUCCUUUUCAAACAAGCAAAACCGACAAAAUAUGCAGUACGUUUCCUUAACUGCGGUGAACUCGUCGACAUUGACUCCGAUGCAUCUGCGAAAGGCGAAACUGAUGUUCUUCUGGGUACGGUACCCAAGCUCGGCUGUUCUCAAGAUGUACUUCCCGGACAUCAAAUUCAACAAGAACAAUACCGCGCAACUAGUCAAAUGGUUCUCGAAUUUCAGAGAAUUCUACUACAUUCAAAUGGAGAAGUACGCACGUCAAGCUAUCACGGAAGGCGUUAAAAAUGCCGAUGAUCUUCAUGUUAGUGGCGACAGCGAACUUUAUCGAGUGCUAAAUUUACAUUAUAAUCGGAAUAACCACAUUGAGGUAUGCAGAAAUCAGGUUCCGCAGAACUUUCGAUACGUGGUUGAACAAACUCUGCGUGAAUUUUUUAGGGCUAUACAGAGUGGUAAAGAUGCUGAACAAUCAUGGAAAAAGUCCAUCUAUAAGAUAAUAUCGCGAUUAGAUGAUCCUGUGCCGGAAUAUUUCAAAUCACCAAACUUUUUGGAACAGUUAGAAUAAAAUGAAUUUGAUUACACGACGAAGAAAAGUAAUGAUUUAGAAAAGAAAAAUUUUAACAUUGUGAAAUAUACAUAAAAAACUAAAAGUAAAUGUUAAACAAAGCAAAAACUAAAAAAUUAAGAUAUAACAACUUUUGUGGUUCCUAUAAUGUAGUGUGCUUACGUCCAAAAAGCGACUGCAAUAAUCGACGAUAUACUCGCGUUUAGGCCUUCAUUUCAAAAAUUAUUUUAAAAAAUUAAGAGGUAUGGAAGAAAAAAAAAUUAAUACAAAAUUCAUAUUUGCAAAAAUAAAUUUAAAGUUGAUUUCAAAAAAAUAACAUGUCAAAGAAACCAGUCGAAAGCGAUAUACGAAAAUUCAAAAGAAAAUCGUCACAAACAAUUCAAAAUAGGAAAUUCUCCAGUACCCUUAAAAAAAUUUAGAACUCACGAUAGCCGCACACAUUCUUCAUCCACGAAAUUAACCAUCAACAAAAUGCAAUAGGAUCAUCAAAUGCCGCGCACAGGAUAACACCACAAAACCUCUCUGUAGGAAGCUGAUUUCCUAUACAACAUGCAAAAUAGAAAUAUGGACUUCAUAAAAUGAUCGUGUUGAGUGUAAACUGUAUUGCAGCAUCGCAGAAGCAGCAACGACAAUUUCGUUUCGUUUUUAGCAGAAAAACAUACCAGGCUAAGAUUAUUCGUUAUAAUUACCACAAACCAAAACUCACGAACAACUAAAAUAGUUUCGUAGUAAUCAAGGAAAGUCUUUUGUUGCUGGAACUCCAACAAUUAUAAUAGACAAAAUCAUGAAAGCAUCCAUAUUCACUUAAGAAAGUCCUUCAUAGUAAAAUUAAGUUUCCAAAUGAAUAUUCCCUUAUGAAGUAUCUGUUAAUUUGUUGUUGAUUUUUUAAAGCUAGUAGCUGUUUCCUUUUCAAUCGGUGAGAUGCUUUCUUUUAUUGUGUUUAGCAACUGGAAGACAUAAUUGCUAAUUUAUCUAACCUAGUCUAUGAAAAAGGGUUCAAAUAAAAAAGCUGGUGUAUUGUAUAUGAAGAAGUCACUGCUGUAUAUAAACACCGAGAAAUUUAAACCGCAACAUGAAUUAUAACGACAAUACAAUUGAUUUUAUCAUUACAGAAAAUCUGUUAAUAUAAUUUCCUUUUACUUACAACUAUUACACCAAAAAUGUUAGUUGGAAAGAACCCUAAGCAUCGCGUGUAAUUCUUAGGCAAAACACAUCCUGUAAAUAGUCCUAUCCGUCAUUUAUUCAAAAAUACCAAAAAAUAUUAGAAAGUAAAAUGAGAAAAAUAAAAAAACUAAUUAUUUGAUGUCAGGCGGUAUUAUAUAAAUAUAUGAUGUUUUAUUAAAGAAAAAAAAACCAAAAUAACCUAUGUAAUAAAAGAAUCAAAUUAAAAUUAGGGGCAAAACAUUGAUAAAAUGUAAAAAGAGCAGAAAUUGGUCGAAUAUUGAAAAGAAAAAAGAACAAUUGAUUUGAAUUUCAUGAUUAAUUAUCGGAAUUGGUUUUACUACCAUAUGAGUGGUAUUUUUUUCACCAUUUUUAGUUUAAUAUUUUAGUUUUUAACACACUGAACCAAAGGUCGAAUCACCCACAAUUGAAUUCCUAGUCUUUUUCUUUAGAUUACGAUCUAUGCUGGAACGACGAGAAUUGCGUAGAAAGAUAAAUCAACUUGAUUGAAUAUGAAUUUGAAUGGGUGUGAAAGAAAUUAGAAGAGUUGAAAGAUGUAGAUCGUUUUCUAUGAAUUAUAGAUUUACGUUUAUGAAAUAGCUUAUGUUUAGUUUCUGUAUUUAUACUAUUUUUAAUUACUAUUACAUAAUGCAAGUGUUAAUAUAUUUUAUUUUUAUUAUUAUAAUUGGAAAGUGUAAUAUAAAGAAGAUUUUAAUCGAAA